CGCACAAAUAUAAGUAGCCAAAACGACAAAUACCGAUUAAUACUUGUGAGUGGUUUCCUUAGUUCAGUACGCGUUGGUGACUUAACUCAAAAAAAUUUCUUAUUUAAAACAAUACCUAGUUACUCUUAGUGCAGGAAUAUUUUGUGCGUCCACCUACAAUUUCCAAUUUAAUCAUGCAAUCAACAGAUUGUCUAGCAGAGGAAGUGCCAAACCCUCAGCAAAGUUGCUCCUUGAAGGAUAGAGUAGCCUUAUUCAACACCUUUGCAAAAAGCCACGUAAACAAACAAUCUAUAAAUCCAUUUUCUAAUGACAUUGGCAACAUGCAAAGGAGAAAAUUCUCGAAGGAGGAAUACGGAAGGCCGGAAAAGGGAUCCAAGUCGGAGAUUAGAGGAUUCAAAGCAAGUUUAGAAGUAUGCAAAGAAAUGUUAGAGUUAUGCGAAAUUAUUAACAAGCACGGUGAACCUCUUUUUACACUCAAGGAGAAGAAAAAUGAUCCACGCAAAGUGAUCAGUUUUGGAGAACUAUUUAUUAUAUACACUACAGUAUCAAGUCAGUUAGUAGGAAUGUUAUUAAGAACCAGAAAACACAAUUUAGUGGCAUUUGAAGGAGAGUGUCUGUUCCAAAGACGCGAUGAUCACGUCCCCAUUAUCCUUUUAAAACCAAUAGAAGAAAUCAGACAAAUAUUAAACCGACGAAUUAAUGAAACCUUAGCAUUAUUAGACGUGCAUGAAAAACCUAUUGAUGAAUUUUAUGAAAAGGAACAGUGAUAUUAUUUGUAUUUAGCGUAUAGAUCUUUUAUUUGUAAGAGCUCCUAGUUAAAUUAUUUGUACUUUAGGCAAUAUUUUGUAAACUACCUACAUUCGUAUUAAACUAUUUUUACACUA